AUGUCAGACCAUGGUAGUCUAUCGGGAUCUAGUGGGGACCCGCGGGGAGAUCUAGAGAGAGGGUUGAAUGACGAAAACGACAAUGGAAUGGAAGUCGUUGACUCAGCGGUAGUCAGAUCCUUUUUCCGUAAAGAUACUCACAUCGGUCACGUGGGCCGUCACCCUCUACGCGGAAGCCAGGAUAUCGAGAUCCAUACCUGGAGUGGUCCAGAUGACCCAGAUAACCCAUUCAAUUGGAGCAAGACCUACAAAUGGGUUCUCACCUUGACAGUCUGUUUCAUUUCCAUCUUGACCGGUCUCCCCGCGGGAUCAUACGGCGCUGGAAACAAUUACAUGGCCGAACGCUUCCACGUUCAGAAUGAGCCAUUUCCCAAUCUAGCAUGGGCGACAACGUCUUGGAAUAUGGGUGCUGCAUUCUGGCCUCUGAUCUUCGUACCAUUGACUGAGUCGUCGGGUCGUAUGCCUGGUUAUUUUAUUGCAUACUUCAUUCUCGUCGUGUCUCUUUUCCCCUCGGCUUUCGCGCAGAACUUUGCUACACUGGUCGUUACUAGAUUCUUUGGGGGUGGCGCUUCUUCUGUGUCGAUUAAUAUUGUCGGUGGAAGUAUCAGUGAUGUUUGGUAUGGUAACAAAGCUCGAAGCUUGCCUAUGUCGCUUUUUGGAUUCACGAGUGUGAUUGGUAUUGCUUUGGGGCCGUUCAUUGGUUCCGCUAUUCAAGAGAUACAUAAGAACGAUCCGUGGAGAUGGAUCUUUUAUAUUCAGAUCAUCUAUAACGCAGCGUUGAUCCCAGUUUUCUGGUUGAUUCUCCGAGAGACUCGCGCAGACGUGAUCUUGAAGAAACGUGCCAAAAAGCUACGCAAAGAGACAGGUCGGGCUAUUUACGCCGAAGCUGAUCUAAACAGUACGGGUGUCUGGAAGCUCCUCCAAAUAUCAUUCGAGCGUCCGACACGAAUGCUCAUCACCGAGCCUGUCGUGACUUUCUUCACGUUGUGGGUUAGUUUCGCGUGGGGAAUUCUCUUCCUCUUCUUCUCCAGUGUCGCGCAAACUUUUAGUGCAAAUUAUGGCUGGGGCACAUUCCAAACCGGUCUCGUUCAGCUGGCUAUCUCGGGAGGCGCUGUGAUUGGCACGGUAUUUAACCCGAUUCAAGACUGGAUCUAUCUCAAUUCUGCAGGUAGGAAUCGUGAACGUCCUGGGAGGCCGAUUCCUGAAGCGCGGUUGUAUACUUCUAUUCCUGGCAGUCUUUUGUUUGCCGCUGGGCUGUUCUGGUAUGGUUGGGCUAGUACUGGGAAUGGUUCUAUCCAUUGGAUUGUGCCGACGCUUGGAAUUGGUUGUACUGGUGUCGGGAUCUACUCUAUUUACAUGGCUGUGGUCAAUUAUUUGACUGAUGCUUAUGAGAAGUACGCAGCUUCGGCUUUGUCGGCUGCUUCGCUGGGCCGUAAUAGCUUCGGUGCAUUCCUGCCUCUCGCAUCGUUCCAGCUGUUCGAUACAUUGGGCUAUGGUUGGGCUGGCUCUUUGCUCGGGUUUGUUGGUAUUGCUCUCUCGGUCGUCCCAGUGGUACUAGUGAUCAAGGGUCCGGCUAUUCGUCGAAGCAGCCCAUUCAUGCGUGAGGCUAUGUUUGAACCGGGUGAAGACGAGUCGGAGAAGGAUCAACAGUCGGAGAAGACGGAUGUGCGAUGA